CAUCACAUGAUCAAAACGACCAUAAUUAACCAUAGUUGAAUUUAUCAUUACCCCCAAAAUGGAUGAGAUGGAAACUAUCUUCCAACAAGUAAAAUAUAGUUUCGAAAAGUGUACAUGUAACCUCCAAAGGGUAAACUUAUUGCUCAACCAGAAUAUCCAGUGGGAAAUGUACGAAGAGGCAGUGCUGACAAGCAACAAAAACGAUUCAAAUUCGACAGAAAUACGAAAACGUGGCAACGUUCAUUUCAAACAGAAUAGGUAUGUAGAAGCGCUUGCGAGCUAUACCGCAGCCAUAGCCUGGGCCAAAAGCAAAAGAAUCACAGCCUUAGCUUAUUCUGGUCGAUCCGCAGUAUUGGCAAAAGUUGGCUUGUAUCAAGAAAGUUUAGUUGACCUUGAAAGAGCGUUUUAUAACGACUAUUCGCAGGAAUUUACCCACCAACUGGCACUUCGACGCUCACAAGUCAUCAAAAAACAAAACUCCAACCGUAAAACGCAAGUACUUGCAUACCCAAACUAUCAUGUACAGGCAACUGCAUGUGAUAAUACUUCCUUCAAAAUCCACACUGACAACAAGUUUGGUAGACACGUAACGACCACACGAGAUAUUGAAAUCGGCGAAGUCGUACUCGUCGAUAAACCGUACACUGCAGUACUGCUACAAGACAACUACAUUUACUGCUCAGAAUGUUUAAAAGUAUGCUAUAACUUAAUAUCGUGCGACGCAUGUGCUAAAGCUCUCUACUGUAGCACAUACUGCAAAUUUGUAGCUAGUAAAACGCACAAAUAUGAAUGUUGCCUGUCUGACGUACUUGAUCGCCUAGAAUCCAUCAAAGACGGCCUCGCCUUGGACCUUAAAAUAACUUUAUUAGUAUUAAUCCAGUUCCGUCAGAACAAGUCACAUGACCUUGCAGAAAUUAUAAAAAUGGAGGCCCACACUAAUUCGCUGUCAUUGAGGAUGCACUUUACUAUUGCAUGGGUUUCUAGUAUAAUUUAUGUUCUACUGAAAAAACACACGGAUUUGUUUAAUGAUUUGGAGGGCAUGGAGGAGAUGUUUAAGGGUUUGUUGCCCUUGAUCAUACAAGUUGUUCAUAUUAAUGGGGUUGUAAUAAAUCGACUAGAGCCUACAGUGGAGGGAUACGAAAUGAUUACUUACGCACGCGGAUUAUACUUUUUGUUCGGUGGAUUUAAUCAUUCUUGUUACCCUAACGCUUUUUUCUAUCAAGAAGGACCGAGACUUGUCGUGAGGGCACUGGGAACCAUAAAAAAGGAAGAGCAAUGUUGUAUUUCUUAUGGCCAGGACGUAACCACGGCUAUACGAGUGGUGGCCCCCCUUCCCUCUGUAACAGGUCUGUCCACAAACUCGCUGUAUGCACUAACCUAG